GCGGCUGAUGCUGUCCGAGGUUUGGAAAGGGCUGAUUUCGUGGCAGAGUCAAAGAUAGCCAUUGUUAAUAGAACGGAAUCGGUGGAGGAUUCGGCCUUGUGGGCGGGGGAUGGCGGAAGCGCAAGUCAGAACUUUCUUACGCGUGUACCUAUAGAUGUUUGGUCAGAAGCUAUGCGAAUCGGGGAAUCGUCGGUUGAGAGGAAGUACUUUACUCUAGAGCGGGACUCAACCUACACAUCUCAGGCUAGGUUCCAUCCUUUCGGCGGCAGCUGGAACAAGGGAAGCAGAAUGCCUCAGAUCUUGACUAAAGACUCGGCAUCGGUAGCUGCUUGGAGCUACAUUGGCUGCAGGAAGCGGGAGAUACUUCUUCUUUUGUUCGGUCAGAGCCUUCGGGCUCUAGAAUUACCCGGCUUUGAUCCAAAGGUUUCUUUUCUCGAGGCAAUUCUGUCUGAAGUAAUAGGGAAAGAAAAACAGGUAGAGCUGUUUUCCGUAUCGGGGUUGAAAGAGGAUGAAACACCCGUUGUCAAAAGCCUACAAGUUAAGUCGGGAGGAGAAGAGCAGCCAAAAGCUCGUCACUUUCUUAGUCCGCAUCUGGAUCUUGAUUUCGUUUACCAGGUUCAGUAA